ACAGCUUGAUACACGAUUGCAGAUUCUUCAUUCCUUCGUCGCGGUGUUUUUUGUUACAGUUGAAAAAGUUUUGUAAUGUAAUUUAUGUGGACAAGUGUGAUUUGCUACAAAUAUACUGUUUUUUGGUAGAAACAUCUUUCUGUAGUGUUCAACUCAAAAAAGAAUGGUUGCUUCCGAUUGGGACAGCCUCCGAAAGCAAGCUCGGCAUCUGGAGAAUGACAUCGAUUUAAAGCUGAUUGCGUUCAACAAGGUUGGAGCAGGCAGUAGCCCACUCAGCUCUUCGCCGGUGGGAAGCGGAGCGGCAGCCGAUACGGCUCCGCUGCUGGGCGAUCAUGUUUUCGAGUCACUUUCGCUAGAAAUCGAACAAAUGCUGGAUAAGCUGUCCGGCAUCAAUGAGAAGAUGGCCGAAAUUCCUGGCAGCGGGGCCGCUGUCAUGCAUGUCCUGCAGCGGCAUCGGGAAAUUUUACACGGCUAUCGGCAAGAGUUUCUAAAAAUACAAGCCAAUCAUACUACUCGACUGGAACGGGAAGAGCUGCUGCGCGGUUCCGGACUGGGAUCGUCUUCGGUCAGCUCGCCUUCUACCUCCGGUCUGAGCCGGAGGGAUAUGUAUCUGAAGGAGAACACACAUCUGCACAAUUCGAGUUCCAUGGUUAACGAUCAAAUUAGUAUCGCGAUGGAAACAAAGGAGCAUUUGACAUCGCAACGGCAGCAUAUGAAGCGCUUCCAGACCAGAAUGCACGACAUAUCGCAUCGAUUUCCAAUCAUUUCGAGCUUGGUUCAGCGAAUCAACAUUCGCAAGCGGCGGGAUUCUCUAAUUCUGGGAGGUGUGAUUGCGGUGUGUACGAUUCUACUGCUGCUCUACGCGUUCCACUGACGGAUCAUAAGCGCCGGUUUUCGUGUCGGCAGUUGGCCGUAAAUAUUUGUCUAUUGUUUUAUAUAGCACUGUUUUUUACGAUCCUUCAGUUUAAUGCGUCGUCACAACUUUCGUUGAGAUGUUUUUUAACUAAUACUAUCUUAUAGAGUAGCUAUCGGACAUGGAAAGUGUCUGGAAAUGAUAAAGUAGGAAUUACAAAAUAAAAAAGAUUCAGUUGGAAUCAUCAAUAUUAUGUGAUAGCACCCGAAA